AUGUCCUCCAAAGUAUUCAUUAUUACAGGUGCCAGCAAGGGCAUUGGCGCUGCCAUUGCUCGUUACCUUCUUAGCCAAUCCCACAAGGUCGUUAUCACAGCUCGAUCAUCUGAGCCUCUUGAAGGUUUGAAGAAAUCACACCCUGAUCAGGUCCAAUUCAUCGCUGGAGAUAUCGUCGAGCCUCAGCUGCCUACAAAGCUGGUCGACCUUGCAGUGUCAUCCUUCGGCAAGGUUGACGGUCUUGUUGUCAACCAUGGCCUGUUGGUGCCCAAGAAGUUUGUAGACACUACGCUUGAAGAGUGGAAGAAGGUUUAUGACACCAACGUUUUCAGCGGUAUUGCCAUGGCCCAAGCUGCUAUUGCAGAGCUUCGUAAAUCCAAGGGCUGCAUUGUCUGGGUGUCAUCCGGAGCAGCAACAAAGCAAUAUGCUGGAUGGUCAAGCUACGGUUCAUCCAAGGCUGCUUACAACUCCAUCUCAGGUCACAUCGCCAUUGAAGAGCCCGACAUCACAAGUGUUGCUAUUGCUCCAGGCCGAGUCGACACUGAGAUGCAAGGCGUAAUCAGAGCAGAGGGCAAGGAGUCGAUGAACAAGGCACAAUACGACUCUUUCGUCGAUGCAAAAGAGCAAGGCAUCCUGCUCAAGCCUGAACAGCCAGGGCAUGUCAUGGCAAAGUUUGUUGCAGAUCCGCUCAAGGACCUGAGCGGAAAAUUCUUCUCAUGGAACUCACCAGAAGUUAAGGCGUACCAAGAAUAG